CAUUGCGCUGCACGUUGAGGCUCGAGCAAUGAGCAUGGAGAUGGACGCGCAGCUGGAGGCCCGGCUUGCACUUGUCCGCAGACAAUACUUCCAGCUCGUAGAGCCAAGCCUAAUAUCGCUGCCCGCAAAAGAGGUGCUGAAGAGUGCAAAAGUGCAAUCAUGGCUCUUCCAGCAGCUUUUCGACGAGGAGCAAGUGCAAUAUCUGCCGCCGCCCAGAUACCAGCUCCGACUGCUGAAGAGAAUCACGCGGCUGAUUGAGCAAGCAAUCACGGAUCCGGAAGAAGAUGAAAUAUCAGACAGUCUCAUGGCGACGCUGGCACGGCUCAUGGGGGCAAGUCUGCCGUCGGAAGCAGAGGCAGCGCAAGAAAAGGCGUUUGUGACGUACAACUUCACGUCGUCGUCGUCCUCGUCAGACAAUGCAUGCCCGUCCAUCGACCGCCCGGUCACACUACUCGAGUCCCGGGCAGUGAUAUCCGGGUCAGGCACGACGGGACUGCGGACGUGGGAGGCGGCUCUGCAUCUCGGGGCAUAUCUCACGACCAGAGAAGGGCAGGCGUACGUCAAAGACAAAACCAUAAUGGAGCUCGGGGCAGGAACAGGGCUGGUAUCGAUCCUGGCAGCCAAGCACCUGGGCGCGAAACGUGUUGUCGCAACGGACGGGGUGGAGAUUGUGGUAGAUGCGAUCAGGGACAACCUGUUCCUGAACGGUCUAGACGACAGUGGACGGAUUGAGGCAGCGGCGCUGAAGUGGGGAUCUCCAUCGGCGAUGGGGGCGAUGGGGGAGGACUACGCGGUGGCCGAGCUGGACGUGGUUGUGGGUGCAGACGUGAGUGUGAUUCCAGCAUUGGUCAGCACGAUUGGACGGUUGAUGGAGUGGAGGCCAGAGUUGCAGGUAUUGAUGGCGGCGACGAUACGGAAUGAGGCAACGUUUGAGGCUUUUGUUACAGCGUGCAUGUACCACCAGCCUACAAGAAUGCUGGCUAGUCCUACUGUUCUGCUAAUCACCAAGCACCGAAUAGGGAAGCGAGGAUUUGGACUCGGGGAAAUCAACUUUGUAGCCGCAACAGAGCAGCAGCAGCAGGGCCCAUUCUACAGCACAGCGGUUGGACUGCGAAUCCUCCACAUUUCAGCAGCUGCAGCGUUGUCUGCUGGCGAUCAGGGCAUGCAGCUAUAA